AUGUACGAAGACAAGAGUAACGCAGAUCACUGCCCCGUCAACACCUACUUGGCUUACAAAGAGCACCGGCCCACAAGCAUGAUGACCGAUGAAUCUCCUUUCUAUCUUGCGGUUAAUAGUGAAAACCAGAAACUUGGUCAAAUGUGGUUCAAAUGCUCUCCACUUGGAGUCAACUCCUUGAGAAGCAUGCUCAAGAACAUGAUAAGAGAUUCGGGCCUAGAAACAGAUAAAAAACUUGUAAAUCACAGGACAAGAAAGCAUUUGGUUCAGAAGCUGGUUGAUAAUGACAUACCGCCAAACAAAAUUAUUCAGAUCACUGGACAUAAAAACUUAACUCUUUAA